UUCGAUCAUCGAACAGCAAAAUCGAUGUUUCCGCUGCAUCGAUAUAUUUUCUGCAUUCCUAAUCGUAUCAUAUCGAAAUUCGUGUGAAGAAGUUCUAGAAAAAUGACUAAUCUUCGCAAAGAACUCGAGAAGUGUAAACAUCCAAAUAGUCGGAAAACAAAGGCCUUAAGUAAAAAAGCACGUCGGCAAAAUAACAAACACAAAACGCGAUUAGGUCAUGCAAUCAAAAGCAAUAUAAUGGGAGAGAAGCUCAGUUGGUUCUUGGAGCAUAUUGAGGAAGGCCGUUCCGAUCCACUUACGCCCCAGGAAUUUGAAGAUCUUAUGGCUUUGUAUCUAAGACGUUUCGACGGAGAACUUGCACAAAUUGCACUAAAGCAUUCGAUUAGCAAGAAUCGUUCCAAACAACAUGCAGCUCGAGAAGGUGUCAUCAGAAUAACCCUAGAAAAAGAACGCAAUGAAUACCAAAGCGGAGGGAUGGAACUACUGAAUCUCUGCGACCCUUUAAAGUUUAAAUCGCUAAUAGACUGGGACGGAAGUGCGCUUAGUGUACAACAUUUAAAAUUAGAUCUUGUCUCGUUCAACAUGUUACAGCGUCUAAAAAAUGUAACUGACGUAAAUAUUGAUACGUAUCCGGCAGUAGAUAAAGACACACCAGCUUCUAGCGUGACCUCAUCUAAAUCGGUAGUAAUGGAAAGGACAGCCUGUUUAAGUAGAAUAAAGUAUUCCCAAACGCACGCCCCGCAGUAGAAUUCCCACAAUCGCUACGCUAAAUUUUCGUCGCCAAAUUUGUCUGAAUGAAAAGCAUUGGGACUUAAAUGUAUAUAACAUGGAAAAAUAACAUGCGGUGUGUAAUCAGUAAAAUCUUGUAACUAAAUGUUGCAUAUUGUUAGACGCGCCUGCUAUACUUUUAGAGAUUUUUGGUGAAUAAAAUUAGGGAUAGCUAAUGUUUGAAUCUGUUUGCUGGUCGGAUAUUAAUAUGUGUCGUUUGUAAAUUUAAGCCCUAUACACCUACAUAUUGUAUGUAUAGAUGAAGCUAUUGAUUUUUUCCUAGAUAUAUUAUUGCAAAAUAUAAAAAUAUUAAAUCGCA